AUGCAGCGAUCUUUUGUGCCCAACCUGCUCCUUCUCCUCCUCCAUGCGAAAGGUUACCUGUCAGCAACAGAUUGCACAUGGGUAGCUGUGGUCAACAGCUUUGACAACCUCGGGGGUCCACAUUAUAUGUACUUCGAGCAGUAUGAAAUUCGCAGUGUGACUGAGGUCUUCAAGCAGCUGGUGGAUUCGGCCACAGACCCCAAUGACAAAGAUGCCCGUUACCUGGGAUUUCCGUAUUACCUGAAAAUUAAUCUGACCUGCAAAACCCAGGACUCAGAACUGUCUAUUCGGAGAGCUCACUACAGUGGCUUGAGACCGAUUGUGACGGUCCUUUUUGAAGAACCCGUCCACCCUGUACGUCAGAAGCAAGAGCAGUUGCAGAUUGAAAUGACGGGUGCCCCGUACAGGUUUACAGGUUGUGACAGUGAGGAGGUUUGCAAUAUGUGUUGGUACACACCGAUGCCCUUCAUGAAUGGCAGCGUUGUGAUGAUCGUGUCGGUGGACAAUAAUGGCCUUGGUCUACCUGUGGAAAUGAAGAGGUUCUCCAUCAAUAUCAAUGGCUACGUGGAAAAAGUUCCGAAUGGAAUUGUGUUCAAGAUUGGAAAGAAGUUGACCAGUUUGAAGCACGUCCUCUCUCUGAGCGAUCCAUCGCGCCCCUUGUGGAAUUCAUACCAACAGACCCCCGUGAGCAUCCUCGGUGGAGUCACCCAAAAGAAGAUUGUCUUAUUGUCGGACUCAGAAUUUGAAUAUUCCUAUCCGAUAGAGUUGGGUAUCGACAGCUGCUGGAUUGGCUCCAUCUCAUGCCCGCAGGCUACGUUCUCCUCCACCAUUGUUGACGCCAUCGCUACCGAGAGCACCCUCUUCAUCCGACAGAACCAGCUGGUCUAUUUCUUCACAGGACAUUACCCGAUCUUGCACCUGAACACCUCCGGUUCCGAACUGUGGACCCGCAUCUUGAACAACGUCUGCGUGAAGAAGUUAAAUCCAGUGUUCUUCUCUAAAAACGACACCGAAUACGUGGUCGCUGUUGGUGGCGGCUGGCAGCAAGGAGAAUUCUUUCUUAUUACUGUCAAAGAUGGAAUUGUGAAGGUCUCUGGCUCACUGAGGUCCGAGAAGAAGACGGUGUGCGGCUUUAUGAGAAUUGCAAAGUGCACUAUUGAGUGGGUCCUCUUCUCUAUGAAUGAGAACAAAUUCUAUUUGCUGGUGACCGACCUGGACGAAAACUAUUACUAUAUUGUGGCCUACUACCGAGAAGAGUAUUUUGAGAUGGUUUAUGACAUCCCUCAAUUCCUACCCGUUGCCUCUGAUAAGGGGUUUGUGAUGCUGCUGGGUCUAGAGGAGUAUACCAAUACAACUCUCAUCCCAAGGGGUUUAUCAUUCAGCCCUGCCAGUAGGAUGUUCUACGUCUGGGGGAAUGCUAUCUUGCAAAGCAACGACAUGGUGAAUUACAUAUACCUCUCCGAAUUCCCGGGUGUUUCCUCCAUCAAAUAUUUUGUUCUAUCAUUUACUGGGCAGAUCGCCUUUGUGACGGAUGUAGAGGAGGUCUGGGUUACCAAAGAGGGUAGCACCGAAAUCAAAAGAGUGUAUCCAUCUAAAGCCUGGAAUAUGUACAAUGCCCUGCAGGAGAUGGAAGGCACCCCGAAUUAUGGCCUGGACUUGAAACGGGCCAUCGUCUCCAUUUUCUUUGACGGCGAUGGGUUGCAAGAGCUGGUUUAUAUAGAGGAACCAGGAGGCGACGGAAAGUUAGUCAAAAGACCGUUUCCUCUGGAUUAUGUCAUGACCUACAAAGAGAUUAUCAACACCCCUGUCAAAGAUAUGACCUUCUACGGAUUAAACUACAUCCGGUUCACCCACCGUUGCCCGUUUGCCGUCAUACGCCUGGUGAACCUGCCGUUACCCCAGCGCUUCAACCGGAUGGAGCAUUACCGUGCCAAGCCGCCCGACAUCAUGGAGAAAACGGGCUUCCAUGACAAAAAGUCACUGACUGUGUACCAGGGACUGGUCUACCAGCUGCUCCAGUUACAUUCAUCUUACCACCGAUCUUAUGCUGACCCUGUCCAUGACCCCACAUGGCGCUGGUGGAAGAACAAGAAACAAGACGCGGAAUACUACUUCUACGUGGCAAGUAACUGGAAAUCCUUGGGAGGCAUCAACGUUGACAUGGCCAACUACGUCAAGGUCUACAACCUGAAACCUGACAAUAAACUGCUGGACACGAUCUACCUGGACAAGAAGGCAGAAUUCUCCUUCAGCGUGUACCUGAGUAUCAGGACAACCAAACAGAGCAUGGGGGAGACAGCGGAUGAAAAUUCCCUCAAUUACAUUUGGCUCACCACCAUAUUAUCCCAUCCUGAAUAUGUUUAUGUAAGUCUGCAGAGGGACGAAUUCAUCAGCAGAGGCUCCGUGCUGUAUCAGGUGAAAAUCAGUGACAACGGCAUUUAUCCGAUACAACAGCUCAGUGGAAAGGACCUCCUGAAGAGCUCCAUUAUUUUUAAGGUUGCUCAUUCGGGAGUGAGUUGCUACGAAUACACAGGCAGCGGACCGCGGAUGAGGGGUAGCGCUGUGGUGGAGGUUCGUAUCGGAUGCCCCCCGGGCAAGCGGCUGGCUUUUGACAUCACUUUCACGAAGAAUUAUACCACUGAGAAGAACAAGCACUACUUUGACUGCGUCGUACCGGACCCCGAGAUGCCGUGCUUCUACUUCAGUGACGUCUUUUAUCCCUUCUUUUUGAUCCAAGACAUGGUGACGGGACACUCAGGACGCUUCAACGGAAGCUACAUCUUCUCAAUCAUUGGCGGGGGACCGUUUUCAGUACAGAACAUCAAAUAUUUCACCCCAGAGGAGAUCUUGCGCUACAACACUGUGAAUGGCAGUGCAACAUCAAGUCUGAUCUGGCUGAGAGCUGAGGAAAACAAAACGAACGAUGAAGGUUUUCAGGUCCUCUCUCAAGCCCACUCUGGAAUUGUGUGGGUUUGCCAGUAUAAUUCUCCAUGUUACGACAUCGUUCCCAGAGACAUGAGUGCUCCUCAUUACUACUUCGUGGUGAAGGUAUCAAAUAGGGGUGUAGAUCAAACCACUUACUGCGACUAUGCCUUGGAAUUCAUCAUUCACGUCCAUGGCCUACGCCUCAGCGCCACGCGCUCCCUCUUCCUUUUGAAGAUUUCAGUCGCCGUGGUAUUUGGCUUGCUCUGUCUAUACAUAUCGGUUUACAUCAUGGGCCCCAAAGUCCAGCUCUUCUGCAACAGAACGUUCCGGAGAUUAGAGGAGGCUUUUGCUCUUCGGGUUGAAUCCAGUCUCACCUUCUCAUCUUCAUUCACCAGUCAAGGAUCCCUGCAGCAUUUGCCCUCUGAAACCAGCCACAGCAGCAUGCAACAGGUUGCUGCCAGAGGAGCACAGUAA